UGCUCCCAUUGCUCUCCUCCUCAAACUUGCAGUACAUUAAUUGCGGCACACCCUCUUGCAGCGAGUUACUGACACUGUGCUGAAAUAACUCAGCUGACUUCUCCAUGCCAGUUGGCAGGCAAUGACUCCCGUAUCUGUGGAUGAGGAUGAAGAGCAGGGGACUUUAGAAGACACUGAGGACUUCAAGCUUUUCUGUUCCUGGGAGACAGAGGAGGAGGAUGAUGAAGACUUGGUUAGACACUCUUCUCUUCAGCUCUGGGUAUAUAACAGGCCGGAAAACAAAGGUGCAUGUGCCCUAAAUCUAGGUGCUGCACCCCUGAUGUGGUCUGUGGAUACAAAUGCUGGAAGAAAGGUCUGUCAUGCUGGCCCUCAAGUGGUUAAAUAGAUUUUUAUACGUGUAAAUGUACACAGUCAUGGGGCGUGUUCUAAUCUUACAUAGAAAGGUUUCUAAGUAAGUAAACAGAGAGCUGAGCUCAGCCUCCCCCUGUGUAGGAGGAUGUCACCCCUCCCCCAUCCACAUUCCUCUCCGGUUUCAGAGACUUUGAGUUUCGUUUCUCUUCUGCUGUGAGCGAUGGCGUCUGCUGAUCUGAGAGCUGAGCUGAAAUGUUCCGUCUGUCUGAACAUUUAUACCGAUCCUGUAACCCUGAGAUGUGGUCACAACUUCUGCCGGGUCUGUAUUGAUCGUGUGCUGGAUACACAGGAGGGGUCUGGAGAUUUCUUCUGUCCUUUAUGCAGAAAAAGGUUCAGGAGUCGUCCUGCACUGCAGAGGAACAUAACUCUACAUAACAUAGCAGAGACUUUCCUGUCUGCUCAGCCAGAUCAAGAGGAGUCCGGGGUCUUCUGUACUCACUGUGUGGACUCUCCUGUACCUGCUGUUAGAUCCUGUCUGCACUGUGAGGUUUCUCUGUGUGAUAAACACCUGAGAGUCCACAAAAAGUCCCCAGAACACGUCUUAUGUGACCCCACCUUGUCCAUGGAGAGCAGGAAAUGCUCCGUCCAUAAGAAGAUCCUGGAGUAUUACUGCACUGAGGAUAAGACCUGUAUCUGUAUGUCUUGUUAUGUGAUUGGAGGACAUAAAGGACAUGAGAUGGAGUCACUGGAUGAGGCUUCUGGGAAGAAGAAGGCGACACUGAGGAAUGUUCUGCAGAAACAUCUGACAAAGAGAGAGGAGACGGAGGAAAGAGUCCAGAGUCUGCAGGAACACAGGAGGAAAGUAGAAGAAGAAGCAGCUGGUGACACCGAGAGAGUCACUGUCCUGUUUAGAGAUCUCAGGAGACGUCUGGAAGAUCUGGAGAAGAGAGUCCUGAGGGAAAUCUCCGAGAGGGCAGAGCGGAUCUCCAUCUCCAUAGUGGAUUUCAUCUGGGAUCUGGAAAUAAAGAAGGAGGAGCUGUCCAGGAAGAUGCGUCACAUUGAGGAGCUGUGUAACAUGACGGAUCCACUGACUGUCUUACAGGAAUCAGACACAGGUGACUUGUGUGAUACUGAGGAUGGAGAUAAUGAGGACAGAGAGAGACAUGAGGAGCUCCUCCAUGAUGGAGGGGGUCUGGGUGUGGCGGGGGUCUUACACACAGGUUUAUCUGAUAUAAUAACAGAGGUAAAUGUAUACUUCCCCAUACAGGGAGCUGCAGACAUAUUACUGGAUGGAAACACAGCUAGUAAUGAUCUACAGAUAUCAGAUGACAGGAAAACUGUAUCCAAGUCGCAUAGGAAACAGAAUCACCCAGAAACACCAGAGAGAUUUCAGGGUUAUCCUCAGGUGUUGAGCAGUCAGAGUUUCUCCUCAGGGAGACAUUACUGGGAUGUGGAUGUCGGGGGAUCAGAGAGCUGGACAGUCGGGAUGUGUUACCCCAGUAUAGAGAGGAGAGGAUGGGAGUCAUUGAUUGGAGAUAAUAAGAAGUCCUGGGGAUUGGACAGGUCUGUUGAUCAGUAUUAUGUGACACAUGACAAAAAAAAGACCCCCUUACCCACCAAUGUCUCCAGUAACAGAGUCAGGAUAGAUCUGGAUUAUGAGGCCGGGCGGAUCUCCUUUUAUGAUCUGUGUGACCAGAUCCGACACCUCCACACCUUCACCACCACCUUCACUGAGCCCCUCCAUGCUGGGUUAGGUGUAUGGGGGAGAGGUUGUAUAAAGAUAUGUGGGGGGAGGGGGGAGAUGUGAGAACUCCGCCCACAGUCUGGUGACAUCACAGGGACGGGUGGUGGGAUUGGUUCAUUGAUCAGCCAAUGAUUGGAGGAAGUGGUGGCUCCUGGGAGAAGUAGGAGGGCCUCCUUCUGAAAAUGCUAGUCCCCCUGGCUGUGUGUAAUGUAAGAACAUGUAAAGUGGUAGUAAAGACAAAAUAAAUAAAUGACAGAUGUGAUGGCGUCUGUUACUGACAUGAG